CUCAGCCACUUGGAGAUAAAACAUCUCUUUCUUUACAUAACUCCCCUUCAGAUGAGUCCAGUCAGUCGUAGUUCACUUUGUAAAGACAAUCAGUUUAAAGAGAUAAAGCGGAACAAAGAGGCCAGGCACAUCCGCAUUGAGACCAGCGUUUGAUCAGGAAGUUAAUCUUUAUAAUCGCUCUACAUUAUCCAGUUUUUUCAUAUGGUUUUUAUCCAAUAUUUUUUUCCAGCGCAGAAUGUCAGCAGGCCCUUUUUGCUGACUUGUCUCACUUUUCCUGUUUUUUUGUGAGUGGGGUAAAGACGCCUUGUCCACAGGACUGAGAUUGCUGUCACGCCUUUCCACAGACAAGGAGGCAGGUUCACACUGGAUGUAAAUAUACAGUUUUUAUUUAUGCUUGGCAGCCAUGGGAACUGAAAGCGAACACAUUUUUCCACAUUUUAAAGUUGCAGUAAAUAGAAUUUAUAUCUCUUAAUCAUUACUUUUUUUUUUUUUAUCAAAUCUUACUUUUUUUUUUUUCCUUUUUGUCCAUAUAUUUUUUUUUCCAAACCAAGGGACUUGUUUCACAGCUUUGUUGGAUUGACUCUCCAAGCAGUAAUGGCCACAGCUCGGCUUGAUUACGUGGCUCCGUGGUGGACAUACUGGCUGCACAAUUUCCCACACUUCAAUUUUCUGUUCCAGUCGGUCGACAACACUUUCAGACCGGAGGAGGCAAACUAUCAGCAGUCUCUAAUAUUUCUGGCUUGUGUUGGUGCCAUUGGCCUCGGCCUGAGCCUCCUUGCUCUGACCCUGUACUUGGUAUGUUUAUGCUGCUGCCGACGGAGCCUGGAUGAAGGAACCAAACGGCCCGAUACCUGUUGUGUCACAUGGGUGGCGGUAAUCACAGGUCUCAUAAUAUGUUCUGCUGUAGGAGUGGGUUUCUAUGGGAACAGCGAGACCAAUGAUGGCGUCUACCAGCUGACCUACUCCCUCUACAAUGCCAAUCACACUCUGGAUGGUAUCAACAGUCUGGUUGCUGGAACUCAAAGCAAUGUGAAAACUAGACUUAAACAACACCUAGAAAGGCUGGAUGAGAUUUUUGCUUCAAGGACUGAUUACCUCCAGGCCCUGCGCUUCCUUCAGCUAAUGGCUAACAACAUCAUUCGUGAGCUGACGGCUCUGCCAGAUAUCAACAGAACCAAGAUUGACUUGGCAGCCAUUGCCGACCAGACUGCUUUCAUUGAGUAUUACAGAUGGCUGACCUACCUGCUGCUGCUGAUCCUUGACCUGGUCAUCUGCUUGGUGAUGUGCUUAGGAAUUGCUAAGCAGUCUCAGUGUCUGCUGAUCACGAUUAUUGGUUUUGUGAUACUGUCCUUGAUUCUAAGCUGGGCUGCCCUAGGAAUUGGCACUGCGACAGCUGUGGGCACAAGCGACUUCUGUGUAUCUCCAAAUAAAUUCAUUGUUAACCAAACCAAGGAUUUCCUCACUGCAGAUGUUGCACACUAUUAUUUGUUCUGCAGUCCGAAUCUACAAAACCCCUUUCAGCAGUCUCUAACCAUCUGCCAGCGCUCACUGACCACAAUGCAAAUCCAGAUCCAGGGCCUGCUGCAGUUUACCGUGCCCAUUUUUCCAAUGGCUCAGAGAGACCUUUUAGGGAUCCAGCGCCUGUUAAACUCCACAGAGUUCAAUGUUCACCAGCUAACAGCCUUGCUUGACUGCCGCGGGAUACAUAAGGACUACCUGGAUGCCCUAAUGGGUGUGUGUUAUGAUGGAGUGGAGGGGCUCCUUUACCUCUCCUUGUUCUCUCUUCUGGCCGCCUGCACACUCUCUGCCAUGUUGUGUGUAAUUUUCCGACUGUGGACAUUAAUGGGCGGCAGGGAGAAAGAGUACAACGACAUCGAUGAGGAGGACCCGUUCAACCCCCAAGCACGCAGGCUGUCCUUUAACCCCAGAAGGUCCAACACGCACAGUUUCUGCAGCUACAUCAGCAGCCUUGGCAGCCAGGCCAGCCUUCAUCCUCCUCCUCAGUCUUCUUCUAAUUCCACAAUACAACCUCCUGAAUAUAUGAAUCAGUCCAUGCUGUUUGGAGGAACCCCUCGAUAUGAAAAUGUGCCACUCAUAGGGGGAGGAUCUCCACCUCCUUCGACUUUGAUAACUUAUUCACCCAGUAUGAGGGCCACCUACCUGUCCAUGACUGAUUCGCAGAUCAGGCACUUGAGGACUGAUUUCCAGGUGUAAGCUGCUGCCUGCUGAACCCUCCUCUGUGCAUCAGUCAGAGCUACUGAUCCCCCGCUGAGAAAGCUGUCUUCAUGACAUAAUCCUAUUUACAGGAAUAACAGAUUUUUGUCCAAUCUCAAGCAUGAAAACAGCCCAUAUGACAGUAACUUCAAUAAGAUGCCAGCGAACUGCUUAAAAAGGCCUGAAUGCAGUUUUGACAGCGAUGGCCUGAGAUACUUUUAUGGAAACAACUGAAAUGGAAACAUUUCUGACUGUCAGAUCCAGAGCUUUGAACUGAAAUAAUCCAACUGUGUCUUUUUUUUUUAAAUAUCAUGUGCAAAGCUAGGACAAUCGUGAAUCAUUGAUUUCAUUUUAAUACUAAAUGAGCAGUGGAAUUUGCUACUUUUAGACCCUCAAUUUGUGUUUGUUUUACAUUGUCACGUGUUUAGCAGCAGUGUGAUAAUGUUUUUGUGACCUAACAUGGUGCAAUAUCAAACACUUUUCUAAAAAUGCAUACCUGCAUAUAAUGAAACUGGAUUAUAUCUUUCUGUUUGGUGUAGCAGAGCCAAAGAUGCCUUUAUGUAUGAGUCUUAUUGACACACCAGAGUUUUUUUUAAUGCACUAUAUGAGGAUGUAGAUGCAUGUGUGUUAUAAAAUGGACAUGUAAGUCCCCAAUUUUAUCAGACUUAUCCAAUUUUGUCACAAGUGAGGAAAAAAAUAAAUGUAUAAGCAAGAAGAAAAGGUUUGUUAAUACACUGUGACUCAUAUAAAAUUAAUAAAGUGAAAAAGGAAUACAAAUCUUGAAACCAA